UUAAGGCCAAACUCAUUUUUUCCUCCUUUUGAAUAACACACACAAUCACAAAAAAUGAAGUUAUUAAAGAUUUUCUUGAUUCUUGUAAUUUUUAUGUCUUUAUUAUUAGUCCUUUCUAUUUCUGCAUUACCACAUAAACAAGAAGAACAAGACGAACAACAAGAUCUCAGUUAUGAGUUAACCGAACAAUCUAAUGAUGAUGAAAUAAAUGAAGUUAGUUCUGAACAUCAAUUUGGCCGCGUUCUUUAUCAAAAGAAAUUCCGAAAACCUCGUCGUGUACGAUGUAAUAAGUACCCUACAAUUUGCCAUGCCAAGGGCAGUCCAGGGCCUCAUUGCUGUAAAAAAAAGUGUGUAAAUGUGUUGACUGAUCGCGUUAACUGUGGAGCUUGUGGAAAGAAAUGCAAAUAUAAUCAGAUUUGCUGUAAUGGCAACUGUGUUAAUCCAUCUUUCAGUAGAGGGCAUUGUGGAGGUUGCAAUAAUAGGUGCAAAAAUGGAGGGUUUUGUGCUUUUGGUCUUUGCAAUUAUGCGUAA